AUGACCGAGUACCGGUUCGUGAUGGAGAACGUGAAUAUGACCAUGAUCGACGCCAUGACCAUCAUCUUCCACGAGAUCGAAAAGAGCGACGUGUACUGGGACAUGGACCACGACGUCGUCGAGACGUUGAUCACGCGCCUGGGCUCGGGGUCGAUGAUCGGACGUGGAGAACUGCGUGAACUGCGUCAACGACAUCAUCGUGUCCCCGCCCGAGAUUAUAAGUUCGCAACAGCAUACUCUUGGACUAGAUUGCCUUAUGAACAUUAA